UGAGUUUGGCCUCUCACUGGAGCGCUGCACUUUGGCAGGGGACGACUCAUACACACACACACACACACACACGCACGCACAUUCACACACGCUUCACACACGAACCGGAGGUGAUUUCCAGCUACAGCAGAAGUGCCAUGUCUGAGGCGGUGGUUACAGAUGCUAUGGUGUCCCCAGCAAUGGGUGGCCUGUACGGGGAGAAGACUGGCGGCCCCGUGGUGGACUUCAGUUACGUGGGCAUUGACGCCAUUCUGGAGCAGAUGAGGAGGAAGGCCAUGAAGCAGGGCUUUGAGCUCAACAUUAUGGUUGUGGGGCAGAGUGGCCUGGGAAAGUCUACUUUGAUGAACACACUGUUCAAGUCUAAAGUCAGCCGUAAGUCAGCGCUGGCUAUGACCCAGGAGAAGAUCCCCAAAACAAUCGAAAUAAAGUCCAUCAGUCAUGACAUCGAGGAGAAGGGAGUGAGAAUGAAGCUGACGGUUAUUGAUACACCAGGCUUUGGGGAUCAGAUUAACAAUGAGAACUGCUGGCAGCCCAUCAUGAAGUUUAUUAAUGACCAGUACGAGGCGUACCUGCAAGAGGAGAUAAACAUCAACAGGAAGAAAAGGAUUCCGGACUCCAGAGUCCACUGCUGCAUAUACUUCAUCCCCCCGACCGGACACUGUCUGCGGCCUCUUGAUGUAGAAUUCAUGAGACGUCUCAGUAAGGUGGUCAACAUUGUCCCAGUCAUUGCCAAGGCAGACACACUCACCCUAGAAGAGAGGGACUUCUUCAAAAAGAAGAUCAGGGAAGAGCUGCGAGCCAAUGGGAUUGACGUGUACCCUCAGAAAGAAUUUGACGAGGAUGCCGAGGACCGAAUGAUUAACGAGAAGAUCAGGGAGAUGAUUCCAUUUGCUGUGGUGGGCAGCGACCAGGAGUACCAGGUCAAUGGCAGGAGGCUUCUGGGGAGGAAGACCAAGUGGGGAACCAUUGAAGUUGAGAACAUAGCCCACUGUGAGUUCGCGUAUUUACGGGAUCUCCUCAUCAGGAGCCAUAUGCAGAACAUUAAGGACAUCACCAGCAGCAUCCACUAUGAAAUGUAUCGUGUGAGGCGUCUCAAUGAGAAUAACACGGUGGUGGCUCAUGCUAACGGCAUCCCAGAACAUCAUCUUGCCGCCCACGAGAUGUAGACGCCACCUGCCUCACUGCAGUUGACCUUAACUGGUUUUAAUUCAUUUGCAAAGAGACUUUGACCUUCAAUGACAAUGUCUUCCCACCACUCCAGCCCUCCACUCCAUCCAUCUUUAUCUCACAGGUGGGAUAGAAACUUAAAAGCCUACCAGAGAGACUUUAUUUUCAGUGACAUUCGGCGGCCGUACGGACUGUUCAUGUCAGUUUAUUGCCUCAUUAACAAAUGCUAUCCUCUCACUAUGGCUGACAAAGACAGUGAAGAGAAGUUUGAUUCUUUGUAAUGUGCUGCAGCUUGAUUAUUAUUUUUUUUUUUUUUACUUGCUUCCAGAUCUUACAGUUAACCUCUGGUUUGUACUUGUGGUGCCAAACAUUAGGCAUCUGCCAAACAGAACGGACUGACGCUUAAUAUCUUUCAUCGUCAGAACUGCCUUAAUGAGCAACAUGUUAAUCUCGUCCACUCUUACUUUUUUCAAGUUUGAUGGGUUUUUUUUAGCAGUGCUUAUACGAAUUCAUGUGGUAACAGAAGCACAGUUUUUAUGCACACAGCUGUAUCAACAUAUGUGAGUAGUGAUGAUAUUCAUUAUUCAGUCUGUCAUUGACAAGCAUGUUGGAAGAGUGCUGGGCAGCACUUUGCCAACAUGUGACUCUCAUACUGUCACUCUUGUGAGUGUGAUGCUGUGUCAUUCAGCUCUCUGUCCAUAGUUAAACAAAAAAGGUUAUCAAAUAGCACAUCAUAUGUUUGAGUUUAUCUUUUGUCACAAGUUGUUUUUUGCUUUAACUGUUUGUGUAUGUUUAAACAUGGAUGUCAGGCCCUUAACAUCUUUUUAAAUUCCCAGUUAUAAAUGUCAUUGUUUAUUAAUAGAAAUAUCUUAAGAGUGAUUUAAGAUGAAUAAGUAUUUAUGCACGAUUAUAAAAUGUGAAAGUCUUCAGUUGUGGUCCACUUAUUCAGAUUAUAUACACACACACACUCGCAGACACAUAGAUGCACUCACACAUACCUUUCCUGCUUUUGGGCCCCUCAUAGUGCCUUAUUUAUUGGAGAAUGUUAGCAUUUUGGCUGAAACUGGAAAGAGAGCAGCUUUGUUGGUGCCAAGUUGACUACAUAUAGACAUUUUUUUUUUAAUCCUUUUCCCUUGUUUAUCUGGAAAAAGAAAUCUAGCCUUCCAGCAGACCUUUUCUUCUAUUUUCCAUAAUAUACCAAGGAUCUUUGUGUUUUGAAGCAUAUAUAAUUCCCUAAGCUGUCACUGUCAUGCUCUGUCCUGUAUAUUCUUCUGUGUUCUGAUGCAUUUUUGUACUUGUAUUAUUGAUGAUAACAAAUUUUCCUUUAUCUUAUUUUAAAGAAAUAAAGAUUAAAAGUUGUAAAUAUA